CGAAACGGAGCUGUGUGUCUGGUAGCUCUGUUAGCUUCUUCCAGCCUGUUUUAGCCUUUUAGUUGAAAAUGGGGGAAGCAGAUGUGACGCUGAAUCAGACCGACGAGAAGCCUCCAGACUCGGGGUUGGUUCCCGGGGAGGACUCGGUGGUCUGGAGCCACGAGGUGGAGGUCUGUCUGUUUCACGCGAUGAUCGGACACAAACCCGUCGGAGUGAACCGUCACUUCCAUAUGAUCUGUAUCAGAGAUAAGUUCAGUCAGAACAUCGGCCGGCAGGUGUCCUCCUCCGUCAUCUGGGAUCAUCUGGGAACAAUGUAUGACAUGCAGGCUCUGCACGAGUCGGAGAUCUUGCCGUUUCCAAACACAGAGAAGAGCUUCUCUCUGCCCGAUGACAUCAUCCAGGAGGUGAAAGAAGGGAAGCUGGGCUCAGAGGAGGAGACCAAAGACGAGUUCAGGAUGGAGAGAGAACCUCCAGCUACACAUGAAGAAGGAAGUAACUCAUCAGUGAAGAUGUCGGAGCGAACGAGCAGCGGUCGGGACAAAGAGAGAGAGCGAGACAAGGAGAAGGGAGGGGGUGAAGGAGGCGCAGCAGGAGGAGGAGGGGGAGGAGGGAAGGAGGCGGAGAAGAGGAAGAGGAGUCGAGCGGCCGAGAAACUGCUGUCGUCUUCCAACCCGGCGAGUCCGGGAGGAGCCAAGAGGAGGCGCACCUGAGAGAUGGACAGAGAGAGACGGAGAGAGAGAGAGAGAGAGAGAGAUAGAGAGAGAUAGUGUGUGUGUGUGGAGGAGAGAGAGAGAGAGAGUUGCAGUCAAAAAGAAGAAGAAGAAGAAGAAGCUGCCGUCGCAGGAAUCAAACCUGCCCAUUGUGUCACAUGACCGUCUGAUCGCCGACUGCAAACAGGAAGGAGCUUGGUGAGGUGGAGGCGGCGCUUCAUGUUGACUCGUGUUCUGUUCCUUUAUAUCAGCUGUAGCUUCUUAAUCAUGUGAUCACAGCGGGAGGAAGUGACACGUCUGAACGCGUCACUGCAGAACACAACGUGAUCCCCAGCGUUACCUGAUGUCUGACCUCAUGUCAGCGAAAUCGUUCUGUUUCUUUUCAUUAGUUUGUCGUUUAGAAAACGGUGUCAUGUUCACUGAGGAUGCUGGCGUGUCACACUCAUGAUGGACGGGUAAAACAAUGGAUCCAAGUCAAUGCAGCAGAGAUAUCGUCUUUUGUUUCCACUUUCUCCUCAAAACUUGGUGCCUGCAUUACCCACAAUGCAACUCGACCGCCCACAGUUCGCUCGGAGGUUGUUGGUGUGUUAUGCUAGCAGCAGCUAAUGUAGCCUGUAGCCUGCAGCAGAGGUGAGCAGCAGCUGCAGACAUCUGACUCCACCCCAGUCUUCAGCCGACGCUGACUCGAGUGACAUCACUCGAGGACAUUUAUCAGACAUCACACAGCUCCCUCUGAGACACCGAAGGCUUCGUGUACUGAUCCCACACUCUGAGCUGUAAAAUCAGUGGACUCCUCCUUUUAGAGCAUCAGGUAGUGACCCAGCCUUUCUUUGCCCUGGGUUUCGUCUCUCAGGCUACAUACAGGCUACACUAUGGCCGAGUUCCAAAUUGCACACUUUUUUUUCCAUUCAGUCCUGCAGCUGCCCUCCCAGAGUACAUACUGCUGCAUGCAGUAUGCAAACAAUUGGGAUGCGUUACUUCAUCAUAACAUCGUGCCUUGAACUUUGACCGUCUUGCUCACACAUCCUUCACAGUUUAUAAAAGUAAAAGAAACAGUUUGUGAUUUGGAACAGAAGCCAAGACUUUGUAUGACCGUGCUGUCGCCGGCUCAGUCGAUGUGACGCACCUUCCACUGUGCAAAGGAUUGUGGGUGAGAAAAGCAUGCUGGCCUGCAUUCUGCGACCGGAUGCAGCGGGACUUCCUGGUUUGUUUGGCUUACUGCGGUUAACAUGCUGUGUGCUGGGAUGCAGCCUGAGAGGGUUGAGACAGGGUCCGUCACCUCCUGCAUGUAAAACUAAUCAUUCAGUCUGUUUUUAUUUACAGUUGAUCGUCUCCUACAAACAUGCCUGAAUGGAGCCUCAGCAAAGCUCCGUUCUCUCUGUAUCCAGGAAACCAAACGUCAUGUGAAAAGGGUCGAUGGUUAACGGUGCUUUUUAUUUUCUUUGUGAUGCAACAUGUCGUGUGAACGUGGAGCAGGAGGUCCGGUUUUACUGAGACCGAGAGACUCGGCUCAUCUGAAAGUCUGACCAGCUGACACAGAAAAAGCCUCCGGAAAUAUUAACCCUGCUGAACGUUGUUGUCUUUUUAUCCCCUGACUGUUCAAUAUAAUGCAAUAAAUCUCAGCUGUCAUAUUUUUCCUAUAAAGUGAUGUUCGAACAUUUUUAAGCUUAUUUAUGUGAGUAGCUUCUGUUCUGUAGCUUUUUGUCCUUUUCUUUGGUUUUAUUUCCUGCAGUCUGAUGCUGACAGUCACACUUUGUGUCUCAGAAGGUUGAAAUAACUUCAUAUUCUGGGUUUAUACAUACAGGGUUCAGUAUCUCAGCUUCGGUGUGCACAGUCGAACAUUUCAUCAGCUCCAGAUCAUAAAAAAAUAAAAUGUUCCCUUUAAUUUUUCAACAACGUGUUAAUUUAUUGAUGUUUGAUGAGCUGAUGUAUGAGGCUGAUCAGCUGUUUGUGUCAUUAAAGAUGAACUC